AUGAGUGAAGAGGAGCCACAAAAGAGAGAUGAGGGAGUUGUGGUGAGAAGUGAGGAUGAUUUUGAAAAUGAAGUAGUUGAAGUUGAGAGAAAAGAGCAAAAGAGUGAUGAGGGAGCCACAAAGAAAGACGAGGGAGAUGAAGAAAGAAUAGAAAAGCCCCCUAUGAGAGAUCUUCUAUCCAACAAGAGUAGGCUUGAAGAGAGUGCAACCAUCUCCCUUCCUAAGGAGGUGAGUGCAAUCAUCCAAAACAAGCUUCCCCAAAAGCUUGGUGACCCCGGUAGCUAUGCAAUACCGGUGAAGAUUGGAGAUUUGGAAGCUAUGGAUGCUUUAUGUGAUCUUGGGGCAAGUGUGAGCUUGAUGCCCUAUUCUAUUGCAAAGACCUUGAAAGUUGGAUACUUGAAACCAACAAGAAUGUCCUUACAACUAGCCGACCGCACGGUUAGGCUACCUUUGGGGAUUCUUGAAGAUGUGCCAGUUCAAGUUGGAAGAGUAUUUAUGCCGUGUGAUUUUGUAGUAAUGGAGAUGGAAGAAGAUUCAAGAAUACCCCUCAUUUUGGGGAGACCAUUUUUGAACACCGCGGGAGUAGUGAUUGAUAUGAAGGAAGGAAGAUUGACUUUGAAUGUGGGAGAUGAGAAAAUUUCAUUUUCAUUCUCACAAACUUUAAAAAAGCCAUUGAUUGUUGAAGUUCAUAGAAUUGACACAUUGGAGAGGGACUUAGAAGAGUUCCGAGAAAGAUUGUAUGAAAGAGAUCCUUUACAAGCUACCUUAACGGGAAGCUUUUGA